CGGGCUCCCGCGGCGGGGCUGAGGCGGGCGGGCGCCGCCAUGGUUUAAAGGGCGGCGGGCGGACACGAACGGGCAGGAGCCAUGAACCUGCUCCCGGCCAACCCGCACGGCAACGGGCUGCUCUACGCUGGCUUCAACCAGGACCACGGAUGCUUUGCAUGUGGAAUGGAAAAUGGAUUCCGAGUUUAUAAUGCAGAUCCACUCAAAGAAAAAGAGAAACAAGAAUUUCUAGAAGGUGGUGUUGGCCAUGUCGAAAUGUUGUUUCGUUGCAACUAUUUAGCACUAGUAGGUGGAGGAAAAAAGCCGAAGUACCCACCUAACAAAGUAAUGAUCUGGGAUGACCUGAAGAAGACGACUGUCAUUGAGAUAGAGUUUUCUACAGAAGUCAAAGCAGUUAAGCUGCGAAGAGAUAGAAUUGUGGUAGUCUUGGACUCGAUGAUUAAAGUUUUCACAUUCACACACAAUCCCCACCAGUUGCACGUCUUUGAAACCUGCUACAACCCUAAAGGUCUCUGUGUCCUUUGUCCAAAUAGUAAUAAUUCUCUUCUUGCAUUUCCUGGAACACAUACUGGGCAUGUGCAGAUAGUGGAUCUCGCUAAUACAGAAAAGCCUCCUGUAGACAUACCGGCUCAUGAAGGAGUCUUGAGCUGUAUAGCUUUAAAUCUGCAGGGAACAAGAAUUGCAACAGCAUCAGAAAAAGGGACCCUCAUAAGAAUAUUUGAUACUUCAUCAGGGCAUUUAAUCCAGGAGCUACGAAGAGGAUCACAGGCAGCCAAUAUAUACUGUAUUAACUUCAAUCAGGAUGCUUCCCUAAUCUGCGUAUCCAGUGACCACGGCACAGUACAUAUUUUUGCUGCAGAAGACCCUAAAAGAAAUAAGCAGUCAAGUUUGGCCUCUGCCAGCUUUCUCCCCAAAUACUUCAGUUCCAAAUGGAGUUUUUCCAAAUUUCAGGUUCCCUCAGGCUCUCCAUGCAUUUGUGCCUUUGGAACAGAGCCAAACGCUGUCAUAGCAAUAUGUGCAGAUGGCAGCUACUACAAGUUCUUAUUCAACCAAAAAGGGGAGUGCUCAAGGGAUGUCUAUGCUCAGUUUCUAGAAAUGACGGACGACAAGCUUUGACUGAGUUGAGGGGAGCGCAUGGGUCAAAGUACUGCCUUGGCUAUUCCACAUCUUUGGAAAGACAGUAUAUGAAUGUCCAAUACUGAUCAAGAAGUUUAGCAGACCUCACUGAGAAGCCUGGCCCAACAUGAUCACACCAAGCUCUGAAGUAGUGGACUACAUAUGUUUAUUCUCAUUUCUGCAAGUAUUCAUCAUUAAAGUCUUUGGGUUACUGUCAUCAACUCAAGUUUUCAAGAUGUGGCUUUCAACAAGCUUGUGCCUAUUGGGUUUCUCUUAAUCUAAACUGUGAAAUGACUUUAGCUUAAACACGAGUGCCUGCCACACUAAAAGAUCUGCAGGGGGCUGUACAAUGUACAACUAGCCUUAGAAAAAGGGAUGCGGAAACAGAAGAUUUCAGGCAUUGCUUUACUUCCCCGGAGUGGCUGGGAGUGGGGGGAAUACUAUGGAUCAUGCUCACAUAAAACUCCACCAGCUUGGCUAGGAGCAGGAGGGCUGCCUUGCCCCCUCCCCUGAGCACAUCUUAGAGUAACAGAGGAGAAGAGAUGACAAGCGUGUAGCCAUAGACGACCGUAGCGUGACCCGUGCUUGUCCUCUGAGCCGGUGCACGGGGCUGGGUGGUGGGAGUCGCGCGGCUGCAGCCUGCUGCUCCCGUACGCCUGCCCACGGUGGAGUGAUCAGCACCAACUGGCCGCGGUGCCAAACCGUACGCAGCAGCUGAAGGCACCCUUAGGCACUGGCUGACCCAACCACCCUCUCCUCGGUGCGUGGAGCGAGCACCCAGGGCACUUGGGCACCCAGAGCGCCUGUAUUCGUACAGGUGACUCCUCCUGUAACGGAACAGCCAUUCCAGAUUUAAAAACCACCCUCGGUACUGGGCGACAGCUGUACUGGCUGCUUCUAAAACUGCUGUGCUUCAACUGGAAGACUGGACAGGCCACUUACACAUCCAGCACAAUAAACGAACGAGGUGGCGUGAAGUAUACAUCUCUGCAAUGGCUUUAAACUUGCAAACUUUUUUUUUUUUUAUUUGAGAUGUUGCAGACUAAAUCCUGUUGGCCUAGGGACAGUUAGGUUAGACUAAACCGACUGACUGGUAAACUCUUUCCCAAAAUUGUUACAUGGCAAUUAACACUUACUGCUGAACUAAGGCACACGAUGCUAAACUAGAAACUGAAAUAGACACAAGCUCUCCAUGCAUAGCACUAAAUACCUGGGGGGAGGGAAGUCUUGCUCUUCUGAAAUUUAAUUUCAAGACGCUUCAAAUCUGACAUGCCAGUUCACUCUAAGAUUGUUUAGCUGCAAACUCUAAAUUUGACAAGUUUCUUUUAGUGUCACGUAACAUACUAAGGACUAACUUCUACGCAGAUUUUGAUGUCAAGGUUGCAUGUUGCUUUUAUGUGUAUUUAAUCACAGAAAUUGUUUUGCACACUUAUUUGUAAUAUGUUAUUUCUUUUAAAUAAAAGUGACUAAUUUUGCUGUAUUCACUGAUGAUCGCAGCCGAAGUUCCUAUUGCCCUAGGUUUUGGGGAAUAAAUCCGUAACUGAGUAAAUAGCGGUGGCUGUUGAAGGACAG